AUGGCUUCCGAGGAUGUGAAACUGUUGGGUGGAUGGCCAAGCCCAUAUGUAAUGCGGCCUAGAAUUGCACUCAACAUUAAGUCUGUCAAUUAUGAGUUUCUUGAGGAAAAAUUUGGUUCAAAAAGUGAUCUUCUUCUCAAAUCGAACCCGGUUUACAAGAAAAUUCCAGUUCUCAUUCAUGGUGAAAAACCCAUAUGUGAAUCACUCAUUAUUGUUGAGUACGUUGAUGAGGUUUGGAAUUCCGGUCACACCAUUCUUCCUUCUGACCCGUACGAUCGAGCCGUUGCCAGAUUUUGGGCUACUUAUAUUGAUGAUAAGUGGUUUCCCGGCAUAAGGGCUAUCUCAAGAGCUGAUGGAGAGGAAGCUAAGAAAAAAGCAGUAGAGGAAGUCAUUGCAGGCCUAGUUUUACUUGAAGAUGCCUUCAUAAAAUGCAGCAAAGGAAAGAGUUUCUUUGGAGGGGACAAAAUAGGGUACUUAGACAUUGCAUUGGGGUGUUUCUUGGGGUGGUUGAGAGUGACAGAAAAGUUGGGCAAUUUUGCGCUUCUCGAUGAGUCCAAGACACCUAAUUUGUUCAAAUGGGCUGAAAAAUUUUCAUCUGAUGAUGCUGUUAAAGAUAUUAUGCCUCAAACUGAUAAGCUGAUGGAGUUUGCUAAAGUGCUUAUGGCUAAAUCGAAGGCUUCUUGA